UUCAUGAGAAUACUUCUCCAUAAGUUCUCUCAUUGACCUCAAUCUUCAUCAUCCUCUCUCUCUGAAGAGUACAGAGAUCGAGAAAAAUGCUGGGGAGCAAAAUGGUGCCCUUCAAGAAGCUAGCAAAGAAGGUAAAGGUAGUUAAGGGUAGUACUGGAGUUGAUCAUAAUAAGGAGCCAUCGCAUCGGGAAUGUUUGCUCAAAGGAUUUGGGGAAGCUGCUUCUCUUUCUUCCACAACCCCAGUGGGGUUCUUCGCGCUAUAUGUAGGAGAGGAGCGCCAACGGUUCGUCGUUCCCACCGGCUUUCUCUCCCACCCGCUCAUCAAGAUGUUGCUGGAGAAGUCAUACAACGAGUUCGGGUUCGAGCAAAAUUCCGGCCUCGUGGUUCCAUGCAGUGUCUCUACUUUCCAAGAGGUUUUAAAUGCCGUAGAAGGCAGCAACGGGAAGUUUGACUUCGGGAAGCUUGUUGAGGAGUUUGUUUAAUUAAUUAAGUAGCAGAAUAUAUAUUUUGAUCAUAUAUACACAUAAAUAGCAGAAUAGAAUUAGCUGUUUAAUUAAUUUAGACCAACGUAUAAGUGCUUUUUCAUGCAACUGUAAUAGAGUUAGCUUAUCAUGAUUCAAUGGGUGUUACAGUACGUACUAUAACAUGUAUCAUAUACAUAUGUAAACCUCAUUUUCUUCCAAAAUGGCAAAAUGGGUGAGUUAAUUUUGUUCA